GGCUCUGCAAGUUCGUCCUGGGAGCGUCUGCUUUGGGAAGGUCAGGGAGGAGGCGUGGAAUCACUUUUUCAUGGGGAACCACUUUGAGAAGGGCCAACAUGCUUUGCUCAAUGAAGGAGAAGAGAAUGAGAUGGAGGUAUUUGGAUACCAGACCCACAGCUGCCGGAAAACCCUCUGCCUUGCUGGAUCCAUCCUCUCAUUUGGGAUCCUUCCCUUGGUGUUUUACUGGAGACCCGCUUGGCACGUGUGGGCAAACUGUGUUCCAUGUUCCUUGCAAGAAGCAGACGUCGUGUUGCUGAGGACAACAGAUGAAUUUCAAAACUACUCUUGGAAAAAGGUAGUGUGGAUCUACCUGUCAGCACUAAACAGCACAUUUCAUCUCACUCCUGACCACCCUCUCAUUGCAGAUGAAGAGUAUAUCAUAAAUAGAGCCAUACGAAAGCCAGAUCUAAAGGUGAGAUGCAUAAAAGUACAGAAAAUAAGAUAUGUUUGGGACAACUUAGAAGGACAGUUUCAAAAAAUUGGCUCUUUGGAAAACUGGCUCAGUUCUGCCAAGAUACAUCUAAAAUUUGGAUCGGGUUUAACAACAGAAGAGCAGGAGAUUAGGAGGUUAAUAUGUGGGCCUAAUACUAUUGAUGUUGAAAUCACACCAAUUUGGAAACUGCUCAUCAAGGAGGUUUUAAAUCCAUUUUACAUAUUUCAACUCUUCAGUAUCUGCUUAUGGUUUAGUGAAGACUACAAGGAAUAUGCUUGUGCCAUCAUAAUUAUGUCCAUCAUUUCCAUAGCCUUGACAGUAUAUGAUCUUAGAGAGCAAUCUGUAAAACUCCACCGUCUAGUUGAGUCACACAAUAACAUUACAGUCUCUGUAUGUGGGAGAAGAGCUGGAGUCAGAGAGCUGGCAGCGCGCCUCCUGGUCCCCGGAGAUCUGUUAGUUCUGACAGGGAGCAAAGUGCACAUGCCGUGUGACGCGGUUCUGAUUGACGGCAGCUGCGUGGUGAAUGAAGGCCUGCUGACAGGAGAAAGUAUUCCAGUCACUAAGACUCCAUUACCCAAGAUGGACAGCUCUGUGCCCUGGAAAACGCAGAGUGAAGCUGACUGCAAACAGCACAUCCUCUUCUGUGGAACAGAGGUUAUCCAGGCCAAGGGGGCUUGCUCUGGGACCGCGAGGGCAGUGGUACUGCAGACCGGAUUCAACACUGCAAAGGGGGACCUUGUGAGAUCCAUUCUGUACCCCAGGCCGAUGAAUUUUAAGCUCUACAGGGAUGCCAUCAGGUUCCUCCUGUGCCUCGUGGGGACUGCCACCAUUGGGAUGAUCUAUACUCUGUGUGUCUACGUGCUCAGUGGGGAAUCCCCUGAAGAGGUGGUGAAGAAAGCCUUGGAUGUCAUCACAAUUGCAGUUCCUCCUGCUCUACCUGCUGCCCUGACCACAGGCAUUAUCUAUGCCCAGAAGAGGCUAAAGAAGAGAGGCAUCUUUUGCAUCAGUCCCCAGAGGAUCAAUGUAUGCGGGCAAUUAAACCUUGUCUGCUUUGACAAGACAGGCACCUUAACAAGGGAGGGCUUGGAUCUCUGGGGAGUCGUGCCCUGUGAUAAGAAUGGCUUCCAGGAAGUCCACAGCUUUGCCACGGGCAGGGCGUUGCCGUGGGGCCCACUUUGCGCAGCCAUGGCCAGCUGCCACUCUCUGGUUCUUCUUGAUGAGACCAUCCAGGGAGACCCUCUGGACCUCAAGAUGUUUGAAGCCACCACCUGGGAAAUGGCUAUUUCUGGGGACAGUUUUCACAUCAAGGGAGUGCCGGCACAUGCCACGGUAGUUAAGCCCUGCAAAACAGCCAGCCAGGUCCCAGUGGAAGGAAUGGCAAUCCUGCAUCAGUUCCCAUUCUCAUCGUCAAUGCAGAGGAUGACAGUCAUUGUUCAGGAGAUGGGGGGUGACCGGCUGGCAUUCAUGAAAGGUGCACCAGAGAAGGUGGCCAGCUUUUGCCAACCUGAAACAGUACCAGCUGGUUUUGCCAGUGAACUUCAGAUUUACACAACACAGGGCUUCCGGGUCAUAGCCCUGGCCUACAAAAAGCUGGAAAUGGACCAUCACACCACUGCCUUGAUGAGGGACAAGGUAGAAUCAGACCUUGUGUUUCUGGGAUUGCUGAUCUUGGAGAAUCGAUUGAAGGAAGAGACAAAACCUGUGCUGGAGGAGCUCAUCUCAGCCCGGAUAAGGACGGUAAUGAUCACAGGUGACAAUCUUCAGACUGCAGUAACAGUGGCCAGAAAGUCCGGAAUGGUUUCUGAAGGCCAGAAAGUCAUUCUCGUUGAAGCAGAUGAAGGUCCUGCAUCCUCAUCAGCAUCUGUAUCUUGGAAAUUAGUAGAAGAGAAGAAACACAUUCCAUACAGGAAUCAGGACAAUUACAUUAACAUCAGGGAAGAAGUCUGUGAUAACAGCAGAGAAGGGAGUUAUCAUUUUGCCCUAAGUGGAAAAUCCUUUCAGGUCAUCAGUCAACAUUUCAGCAGCCUACUGCCAAAGAUACUGAUGAAUGGGACCAUCUUUGCAAGAAUGUCUCCUGGGCAGAAAUCCAGCCUGGUGGAAGAAUUUCAGAAACUGGAUUACUUUGUAGGUAUGUGCGGGGACGGAGCCAAUGACUGUGGGGCCUUGAAAAUGGCUCAUGUGGGCAUCUCUUUAUCAGAGCAGGAGGCAUCUGUGGCCUCGCCUUUUACUUCCAAAACUCCAAACAUUGAAUGUGUGCCUCAUCUCAUCAAGGAAGGACGUGCAGCUCUCGUGACCUCAUUUUGCAUGUUUAAGUACAUGGCCCUGUACAGCAUGAUUCAGUAUGUUGGUGUUCUGCUGCUCUACUGGGAGACGAACAGCCUAUCAAAUUACCAGUUUCUGUUCCAGGAUCUGGCCAUUACAACUCUUAUUGGUGUAACAAUGAAUUUGAAUGGUGCCUACCCUAAGCUGGUGCCUUUCAGACCUGCAGGACGGCUGAUCUCCCCACCUUUGCUGCUCUCAGUGAUUUUCAACAUCUUUCUCAGCCUGGCCAUGCACAUAGUGGGCUUCCUUCUGGUUCAGAGGCAGCCUUGGUAUAACAUGGAGAUACACAGUAACCACACAAUGCAAAAUGAAAGCAUCUCGAAGUCAACCAUCUCUCCCACUGUCCCAGAUGAAGUUGGAAGUGAUGGUACCUUCCCAAGUUUUGAGAACACUACUAUCUGGUUCUUGGGAACAAUGAACUGUAUUAUUGUGGCUCUUAUCUUCUCUAAAGGAAAACCAUUUAGGCAGCCAACUUACAAAAACUAUAUAUUUGUCCUUGUACUGAUCAUACAGCUGGCUGUGUGUCUAUUCAUUCUAUUUGCUGAUGUUCCAGAUUUAUAUAGGCGUUUGAAUCUGCUCUGCACUCCUGUUCUGUGGAGGGUCUACAUCGUCAUUAUGCUCAGCUGCAAUUUCAUUGUGUCCCUUGUUGUGGAGGAGGUGUUUGGUUUCCAGACCCGGAAUCUGCGCAGAGCGCUCUGCCUUGCAGCCUCUGUGCUGACCUGUGGGGCCCUCCUGCUGGUGCUCUACUGGAGGCCCCAGUGGAGGGUGUGGGCCACCUGCAUCCCGUGCCCCUUGCAAGAAGCAGAUACUCUCUUGCUAAGGACAACGGAUGAAUUUCAAAGAUAUACGAGGAAGAAGGUGAUGUGCCUCUACUUAUCCACACUAAAGUUUCCUAUCAGCAAAAACCCGGAACAGCGCGUUGUAGCUGACCGCCACUCUGUCAUAAACCAAGCUGUACUGAAACCAGAAUUAAAACUGCGAUGCAUCCAAGUGCAGAAAAUCAAGUAUGUGUGGGACAACUUGGAGAAGAGGUUUCAGAAAGUUGGGUUGCUGGAGGACAGCCACUCCUGCUACGACAUCCAUCACAUGUUUGGACUGGGUCUGACCAGUGAAGAGCAAGAGAUCAGAAGACUAGUGUGCGGGCCCAAUGCCAUCGAGGUUGAAAUCCAACCCAUAUGGAAGCUGCUUGUUAAACAGGUUUUAAAUCCAUUUUAUGUGUUCCAAGCCUUCACCUUAACAUUGUGGCUGUCUCAAGGUUACAUAGAAUACUCUGUGGCCAUCAUCAUCUUGACUGUUCUCUCCAUUGUCUUAAGUGUGUAUGAUCUGAGACAGCAAUCAGUGAAGCUGCACAACCUUGUGGAGGAUCACAACAAAGUCCAGGUUACAAUCACUGUAAAAGGCAAAGGUUUGCAGGAGCUGGAGUCCCACCUCUUGGUUCCUGGAGAUGUCCUUAUUCUCCCAGGAAGGUUUUCGUUGCCAUGCGAUGCUGUUCUGAUCGAAGGAAGCUGUGUGGUGAAUGAAGGCAUGCUCACAGGAGAGAGUAUACCUGUUACAAAGACACCAUUGCCUGCUAUGGAGAAUACAAUGCCCUGGAAAGCCCACAGCUCAGAGGACUAUCGGAAGCACGUCCUUUUCUGUGGAACAGAAGUGGUCCAGGUCAAGCCUUCUGCACAGGGACAAGUAAAAGCGGUUGUUUUGCAAACAGGUUACAAUACAGCCAAAGGGGACUUGGUGAGAUCCAUCCUUUACCCCCGGCCUCUGAACUUCAAACUAUACAGUGAUGCCUUCAAGUUCAUAGUAUUUCUGGCUUGCCUUGGAGUUGUGGGGUUUUUCUAUGCCCUUGGUGUGUAUAUGUACCAUGGAGUCCCUCCCAGAGAUACCGCAACCAUGGCCCUGCUUCUCCUCACGGUGACAGUCCCUCCGGUGCUGCCAGCUGCCCUGACCACAGGCAUCGUGUACGCACAAAAGAGGCUGAUGAGAAAGAAGAUCUUCUGUAUCUCCCCACAGAGGAUCAAUAUGUGUGGGCAGAUAAACCUCGUGUGCUUUGACAAAACUGGCACACUUACCGAAGAUGGGCUGGACCUCUGGGGGACUGUCCCCACUGCAGACAACUGUUUUCAGGAAGCCCACAGCUUUGCCUCGGGCAGGGCUUUGCCGUGGGGCCCUCUGUGUGCCGCCAUGGCCAGCUGCCACUCUUUGAUCCUUCUGGACGGGACCAUCCAGGGAGACCCUCUGGACCUCAAGAUGUUUGAGGGCACCGCCUGGAUAAUGGAAGAUCACAAUGCAGACUACUGCAAAUUUGGGAUGUCAGACUCAAACGUAAUAAUAAAACCAGGACCAAAAGCUAGUCAGAGUCCCGUGGAAGCCAUCGCCAUCUUGCUCCAGUUCCCAUUUUCGUCGAGCCUGCAGAGGAUGUCCGUGGUGGCUCGGCUGGCAGGGGAGGAGCACCUCCAUGUGUACAUGAAGGGGGCCCCGGAGAUGUUGGCCAAGUUCUGCAGAUCUGAAACAGUGCCCAAGGACUUCCCACAGCAGCUGAGAAAUUACACCAAACAAGGCUUUCGUGUGAUUGCCCUUGCCCAUAAAGCCUUGAGCAUGGGAAAGCUUUUGGAAGUGGAGAGUUUAUCCAGAGAGAAGGUGGAGUCUGAGUUAACAUUUCUGGGACUUCUCAUAAUGGAGAAUCGCUUGAAAAAGGAAACCAAACCAGUCUUGAAGGAGCUGAAUGAGGCCCACAUCAGGACCGUGAUGAUUACUGGUGACAACCUGCAAACAGCCAUUACCGUUGCAAAGAAUUCUGAAAUGAUCCCUCAAGGGAGCCAAGUGAUCCUCAUCGAUGCCAGUGAACCAGAAGAGUUUGUUCCUGCUUCUGUGACCUGGCAGCUGGUAGAGAACCAAGAGAAUGGACCUGGGAAGAAUGAAACCUACGUUAAUAUUGGAAACAGUUCAGUGCCUGCUGGAGAAAGAGGGAGCUGUUAUCAUUUUGCAAUGAGUGGGAAAUCAUACCAAGUGCUAUUUCAGCAUUUCAACAGCUUGCUUCCAAAAAUUCUGGUGAAUGCAACCAUUUUUGCAAGAAUGUCUCCUGGGCAAAAAUCAAGCCUUGUUGAAGAAUUCCAGAAAUUAAAUUAUUAUGUGGGCAUGUGUGGAGACGGAGCCAAUGACUGUGGGGCUUUGAAAAUGGCUCAUGCGGGCGUGUCCUUGUCAGAACAGGAGGCAUCUGUGGCCUCGCCUUUCACCUCAAAAAUGGCCAACAUUGAGUGUGUACCUCAUCUCAUCAAAGAAGGCCGAGCUGCUCUGGUUUCAUCCUUUGGAGUAUUUAAAUACUUGACCAUAUAUGGUAUAAUCCAGUUUAUUGGUACCUCACUGCUCUAUUCGCAACUACAACUCUUUGGGAAUUACCAGUAUCUAAUGCAAGAUGUAGCCAUUACUUUGAUGGUCUGUUUGACAAUGAGUUCAACUCAUGCCUACCCAGAGCUGGCUCCGUACCGCCCAGCCGGACAGCUCCUCUCUCCGCCUUUGCUGCUCUCAGUCUUGUUGAAUACCUGCUUCACCUGCAUUGUGCAGGUCUGCGCAUUUCUCUAUGUGAAGCAGCAGCCCUGGUACUGUGAGGUCUACAGAUACAGCGAGUGCUUUCUGGACAACCAAAGUGAUUUCUCAACAAAUAUGACUUUGGAAAGAAACUGGACUGGAAAUGCAACUCUGGUUCCUGGUUCAGUUUUAAGUUUCGAGAGUACCACACUGUGGCCCAUCACCACUAUCAACUGUAUCACAGUGGCAUUUAUCUUUUCUAAGGGAAAGCCAUUUCGAAAACCCAUCUACACAAACUAUAUGUUCUCAUUUCUGCUGAUAUCUGCCUUGAGCCUCACAGUUUUCAUUCUGUUUUCUGAUUUUCAAGAUAUAUACCGAGGAAUGGAGUUAAUUCCAACCGUAACAUCAUGGAGGGUUUCAGUUUUGGUGGCAGCCCUCAUCCAGUUCUGUGUGGCCUUCUUUGUGGAGGAUGCCAUCCUUCAAAAUCGAGAGCUCUGGCUAUUGAUCAAAAAACAAUUUGGAUUCCAUUCGAAAAGCCAAUACAGGAACUGGCAAAAGAAGCUGGCAGAAGACCCUACAUGGCCUCCCACGAACAGGACAGAUUAUUCGGGCGAUGGGCAAAAUGGGUUCUACAUCAACCGAGGCUAUGAGAGCCCCAAAGAGGUUCCGAAGGGGAAGCCCGGCUGGGGAGGCCAAGCCACGGAACAGCAUUUUUGGACCAGACUGUAACAGAACUGGGCUCUGCACGUCCUGCAGCACCCCCUCCCCCGAGAAACUAAAGCCCUGUGGGGAGGCGAUGCUACUUUACCCUUUUCUUUUCUCUCUUUAGCUGAGGACUCAAAGCACUUUUUCCAGUGUAUUGAGCUUUGCAACAAAGGAUCUGAAAUAUGCCUAUCUUCUACUAUUGAGGGAAAAAUGCAUUGCCUGGAUUAUCAUUUUUUCAUAAACUUUAUUCACAUUACAUAGCAUUAUCCUGGUUAAAAUGUACACCUUGUCACAGCAGUGAGACUAAUAGUAUGAACAGCAACAAAAGGAAAAUUGAAGAAGAAUUUUGGCGUUGAAAGUUUCACAGAUAUAUUUUUUAUUUUCACCCACAGGAACAAAAGAAUUCGGAAAAAGCACCCUUAUCUCCAUAAAUGCCACAAAUAUCCUCAACUUUAUAUUCCCUUGUGAAGAACAUUCAUACACAUGUUUUUCCAAGGUCACUAAAUUUCUUUUUUUCUUUCGGCUCCCUUUGUUCAGUUGUAAGAAAAAAACAAGAAUUGACAUUGAUGUGGGAAAAUCCAGCUUUCCCUGUGGUGAGCUGGGGCAGUGUGGGAGGGAGGAAUGAUGGAGGCUUCUGUUGGCCCCACGCAACUGGGUUUGGGCACCGCAGCGAGGGUCCAAGCAAACUCCACCGAAGGUGGCCUCUCCCAGAGCUUGUUGUUCUGGGGCCAAUGGGCUAGGUUCAGAGUAGGUCACAAAAGCAAUAAACUAAACUGUUGAACUGUACUUCUAAUUUAAAGAAGUACAGCACCUUUAUUUACUCUUUAUUACUGACAGGUGAAAUACUGAAGUUUGUUUGUUUUACUCUAGAAGUUGGCCCACACUCUGCCUCAUUUGUCUUAAAAAACAAUCAUAGGCAUGGGACCCAUAAUAUCUGUAUCUAAAGUGUGACAAUUCUUAGGCUACUAAACAAUCUUAAGUCUCAUUCUAUCUUUUCAUUAUCUAAAUCAAUUAUUAGAUGUACAUUAACAACCAUAAGAGAGGGUACACCCUUUAUGAAUAUAUUGUGGACACUAUAACCUUUAAUGUAUACACCAAUCCCACUGUGACCAUGGCAGGGAAUUUAUUCCUAGUGAACAUUUUCCACUAUAUACUAGGCUUUACUUGUAACAAUGAAUCAAAUUUUGCUAACUUAACAGAUCUUUAACAUUUCACAGGCAAUUAGGUAACCAGUCUCAUUCCAUGAGUGUCUGUUAGGCGCCUGACACUGGUGUAUGGAUUCAGUAACACCCUUCGUUACACAAACCAGCAGCACAAAUGCAAAUUUCUAUAAAAACAAACCCUCUCAAUUUAUAUUUUAUUUGCUUUUAACCUUUGGUGCACAGUUCUUGGAGAAUAAUUUUCAAAAUGUGUCUAAUUCAGUAGCUACUAAUAAAAAAUGAAAAGGUAGAAAGAUACUUAGCUUAUGGUUAAGUAAUGUUAUGUCAACAUAUAAAUAUGGUAACUCGGGUUCUG